AUGUACCCACAAGAAGCUUGCCAAGUGGGUCAAGAAAUGAUGAAAGUUUGGGACAUCUUAAUAGUCGAUAAGCAAGUGAUAUCCAUUCCAGAUGUAAGAGCCCAUAUUUCUCAACCGCUGUACAAAGCAACUGCUGUGGACAGCGUUGAAAACAUCAGCUCGUAUGAAGCAUUCUCUUGCGUUGACGCCGAAAAAUGGACAAUAUUAUGCUACACAAGAAAGUCCGUUUCAAAGGAAGAUGUUGAUAGUUGUGUGCUGUAUAUUCUUACUAGCAGAGAAGAGUCACAUAUAGCUUGUGAUAGGGCAAAGUCUCCCAGCCCAAGAAAGUGGCAUUUUUUUAUAGCUGUGGGAAGAACGGCAUGGUAG